UUUGUAUUUCAGGAGAAGCAAAACCCAAAUACAGAAUUUCAUGCGGAAAACCUAUUGGGAUCAGUACUUGACUUGUUCUUUGCUGGUACAGAAACUACAAGCAAUACUCUGAGAUAUGCUUUCAUAAUAAUGCUGAAACAUCCAGAGAUACAAGAAAAGGUUCAGAGGGAGAUUAACACCGUGAUUGGACAAGAGCACCUUCCCUCUGUGGAAGACAGGAGCAAAAGGCCAUAUACAGAUGCCGUUGUGCAUGAGAUCCAGAGAUUCGCCGAUAUUUUUCCUGGAGGAUUAUUACAUGCUACCAGCAAAGACACCACCUUUCGGGGAUACCACAUUCCCAAGAACACUGUGGUGCUUCCUAUAAUAACAUCUGUCCUGAAAGACCCUAAUUGUUUCAAGAAUCCAACUCAAUUUGAUCCAGGGCACUUUCUUGAUGCGAAUGGGGCCUUUAAGAAGAAUGAUGCCUUCAUGCCAUUUUCUGCAGGAAAACGCAUGUGUGCAGGAGAAGGGCUGGCUCGAAAGGAACUCUUUUUGUUUUUUCUACUAUAUUGCAAAGAUUUACUUUAA